AAGUUUCAUUUCAACACUAGUAUUUAUUCUUCUCCUACCUACUCUCUCCCAAAAAGGCUGAAAAAGAAAAACCAAUAGAGUAGCUAUAUAUAUAGCUAGUGAAGUAAAAAUGAAGAUGAGCAGAGCAACCGUGGAAGACUCCAAGAAAAAGAUGUCAUGUAGAAGGCUUGGAGGCUACCUUAGAGAACAGAAAGGAAGGCUCUACAUUAUCAGGAGGUGCAUAGUCAUACUUAUCUGCUGGCAUGACUAGUUAAUCCAAGAUCUUUUGGAGCUAUACAUAUCAAUUCCUAUAUAUAUCAUCAUCUCAUCACCAUCCAUAUCCAUGAAGUUGAAGCAAAGUAUUAAUGCAUAUCAUUUCUGGAAGCUCGCGUGGAACCAUCAGCAAGCGAAGCUCUCCACUUCUUCAAUAUUCUUAAAAUCUAUAUAUGUUUCGUUUACUCGAAAUAUGUAAAUAGAAAAGAGAAAUGCUAGCUAGCUAGCUAAAUAAUUGAUUUUAUAUUAAGCUUGUUUUCUUACAUUGAAGUGCUUCAAAUUAAAUGGUUUAGAAAAGCAAGUUUCUAAAAUUAAUUUCUUUUCUAUAUAUUCCAUCAUGAGUUGUUGAGUGCAUUACUGUUGGAUCAGCUUUCUUCUUC